AUGCGUGCAUUCCUCUAGUGACGAGGGCAUUCCCUGUAAAGUGCUUUUAAUGAUCACCGUUUUUCACAAAGGAAGGAGACACUGCACUGAUGGAAAGCUGCGUGGAUGGGUAGGACUGAAGACGUCUCAAUGCUAGUGAAAGCUGGAGCGCAGCACUAGAUCUGCAGAAUAAGAAAGGAGACUCAGCUCUGAUAUUGGCCACAACAAGGCAGCACAUACGAACUGUAAAGGAGCUAGUCAGAGCUGGAGCUGAUAUCAACCUCCAGAAUGAGGAAGAGCUCACAGCUCUGAUGAUAUCUUCAAUAUCUGUGCGUGACGGAUAUAACAAAGACGCUUUCCUGUCGGGGAAAUAUUUCUAUUGAUAUUCAAACCAAAAAUGGGUGGUCAGCUCUCUUCUUCGCUGCUGAUGAAGGAGAUGUAGCAACAACAAAAUUACUGCUCGACGCAGGGGCUGACCCUCUCCUCAGAGAUAAUAGUGGACUGACCGCUGUGGAUGUUGCAUCUGCUGGUGAAAAUGAUGAUGUUUAUGGGCUACUGAGGAACCAUAUUAUUAGGACGACCAAGACAUUACAGUCAAGAGUAUCUCAGGAGUAUGGUCCACUACUGGGUUCAGCUGUAGCCAGUCUCAACUAUCACCAGCAUACCUGUCUCUUUUACGCCUCCGGACCUCUAUUGCAGACUCUCAACAUUCAAUUUCCUUGACUAGCCAACUUAGCCUGUGGUGUGGUGUCCUCUUCCCAACGUUCUCUAUCUCUGAGGGAGUGUGAGGGAUGCCAGCUGCCAGGGAGAAUACUGGAGAUCCAGGUAUCUCGGUCACAGGGACAGGUCUUUGUGUGUGCCAGGACUACCUAUCAUGCCGCCUUCUUUCAGGGACCCACGGAGGAAGAGGUUACCUCAGCAGCUAGUGACGCUCAGAGCUCUGAUUCUGCCCCACAUAUGAUCACACUCCUGGCCAUAUUCCAGACUGAUAGCUGUGUGGCUAGUGCGACAGUCAGCCCUUACAUUGCUGGAGAGGGUUUGGUUGUCACGGAAACUGGAGGAAUCUACAUGUGGAGUCAGGGAGAGUCGUUGCAGGUGUUACGACAGCCCCUGGAGAUACCCUCACUCUCUGGCCCCUCCCACUUUUGGCGGUGUUGCUAUGGUAACCACCCUCGCAGUGUGGUACUAGCGGAGCACAGUGGAGUGUCUCUAUGUGACCUCAGGUCUAAUAAGAUGACCCUCUCUCCACUCCUCACCAGCCCCAGUGAAUGGCUACCUAACAAAUCCCUUGUCUCUGCCAUCUCCCCCUCUCCCUCCCACCCUCACCAUCUCCUCAUCUCCACCUCACACUCCCUCCUCCUCCUCGACCUCCGGCAGCCUCGCUGGCCUCUACUGGACCAGUCACAUGACCUAAGCCACACCCCCAAGAUGUUGUCCACAGCUCGGAGUCCUUCUCUCUCCUCUGAGGAGCUGGUGAUGGUGACCGACACUGUUGCCGGGGACAACCUUGUGUUUUCAGUAGCCACGCCCACUGGAACUCCUCCCUUUUUCAGCUGUGCAGCUCACACUGUUGCUAGAUACAGUGACCUCAAGACCACAUGGCAAGGAAGGUCAGCCCUUCCUCUUAUUGGCCACAGACUCUGCCUACCAGUGGGCGGGGCUUGUCUAUUCAGCCUCGAGGAUGACGUCAUUGGAGGGGAGGAUGACGUGGAGACAUUUGCAGCAGUUUCAAUGUCUGUUUGGGGAGACUUGUUCUACCAGUUGUGGAGCUACAGUGAAACUCCGCCCACUGCCACACCUACUUGUAGUCAUGACGACACAUGGCUCCAGGAAGCACUACAGCAAGAACAGGAGCUGCAAGUAGGAAGAGAAGAAUGGCACGAUGCUAAACCUCCUUUGAACUUUAACCCUCUCCUGGACUAUCUUGACAAUGACCUUUCCUCUGUGCUGUGUCCUUCGUGUCUGGGUUGUCCUCUCAUCCCUCCUUCCCUUCUCCUCUUCCCACCUCCACACCCUCACAACGUACACUCGCGUCUCAGCAAGCUCCGCCCACUUCCUACCUGACUCCACCCACCAACCAAGCCACACCCUCACAACGUACACUUGUGUCUCAGCAAGCUCCACCCACCAACCAAGCCACGCCCUCACAAGCUUUGCCCACCAAUCAGAGGUGUUUAUUUUGCAACGACAGACUAGUCCCUCUGAGAGCUAGGAAAGUUGAACAAAAACUAGUGAGCGAAGGGUUAUUAUUGGAAGCUGCAACAACAGACGUCACCGUGGCAACAGGGAGUAGGGGGUUACAGCAGUUGAGGACACACUGUGUGUUCAGUGAACCUGGUACUGAUUGUCCCCAUGACGACCACAUGUUCUGGGAGGGGUGGAAGAAGGAAGGGGAGGAGGAAGGAGGGGAUGAGUUGAUGCAUCGUUCCCCUGAAGCCACACCCACCCAGAGCCGGGCGGAGAGAGCGAAGCCACUCUCCCAAACUCCGCCCUCCUCCCAAAAGACUCGGAGCAAGAAGAGGGGAAUGGGAUUCUGAAUACUGAUAUAGGAACUGAUGUCACUGCCAUUUUCUGAAUGCCUUCCAACAACUUCACUUCAUUGACGUUAUGUAUGAAGGCACAAAGACUUUUAUUGCUUUGUAUGAUACACGACAGACACUUUGGAGACAAAGUUGCAAGCAAUAUCAAAUGUGUGAUUAUGAUGGGUCCAUGCACGUUGCAAUCAUACACCUUCAUUACACAGUCUUACAUACCCAUACGAUACUACGUUUG